GAAGGUGUGGGUAGCAGAUACUGUAAGAAUCACCCACAAUGAGUCAUAGAACUAUGCAAACUGGUUUACUGACUUUCCUAUUGUGUUGAUUCUGGCUGGAGAUUGUUAAGUGACAGUGGUUACAUAACAUUCUCAACCAGCAAAACCUGUGGGCAUGCACGAAUGCACGAGUCAGGUGGCACAGGUACUUAAACCUGAGAAGCUGUUUGAAUAAUCUGGAGAGUGUGGGAUGGCUGAGAGUGUAUCAGCAAUGGAUAGCUCUGAUGAGGCAUAUGAUGAUGUAUCAAAUCCCUUCCCUGACCCGUGCUGUGAGGAAGGAAAGAACACUCCAGCAGCACCAGAGUCCGACCAGACACACCUAGAGAGCUUACUGGAGGAUCUGGGGUUGGAUCACCACGAUGAAGAGAAGCUAUCCCUCAGCACAGUUCUAAGCAUUGACGAGAAGACCAUUACCGAUGAACCUGCCAAGUGUAAUUCAGAUCUUCCAUGGUAUUUUCUGAAGAAACUAAUGAUGGUUAAUGUGACAGCUAGGAAUGUGAAAUGUACAUCUGCAUGCGAGUCAAACUCUGGGGAUCGCUUAGAUCUUGAUAAUCUUGUCAAAAGUACACAUUCAGGUGACACACUGAAUCCCCUUGAUAUUAUCACUGCUCUCUUCCUGUGCUCUGAUGGUUUUGUACAGCAGGAAAUGGCCCUCAAAAUGUCCAUGUGUCAGUUUUCCGUGCCUCUGUUGCUUCCCAACUGUGACACAAAGCAGUGCACACUCAUGCUUUGGGCCAUGAGAGACAUUGUUAAAAAGUACAGACCUCAGUCACUUUCAGAAUCCAAGGGAUUUACUGAAGAGAGAAUUGUUGUCUCUGAACUUCCAAUGAUAUCUUUUGUGAGACUGGGUGAGUGCUCCUUGUCCAAGUCAGAGAUCCUCAAUAAGCUUCUGAGCAGUUCUCAGCAGUACCAUAACACCUUCGUUCACCGCAACAUGGAGGGUGGGGACAGUCCAAGGAGAAUAUCCAAUGGAUUGGUUGAAAUGACUUGGUACCUCCCUUGUGGGAACAAAAACAUGGAUGUCUUCAGCGAGCCAGUUGCCGUAGCUAACCUUCGUGGGGACAUUGCUUCAUUUGAAACACAAUUUGCUUUCUUGUGUCAGACAUCGGCAGCAGUUUUUGUGUUCUUUGAUGCUUUGAACUCUGAGUGUGAGCUGCUAACCAACCAAAACCACAAGGCCCAGAUCUUCUUGGUGGGUAACCUUCCAAACAAGCUUUUCAGUUUGGAUGCUGUAAAAAAGGUAGCAACCAAGUUGGACUUGACUAACAGCAACAUCCUUUUAAAGACUAAGAGCAUGAAUGAUGCAGACUUUGUCAAAGAUUUGCAGGAAAAAGUCAGCAAUGUAUUUGAAAACUCACAGAUGAAGAUGGGAAUUGAACAAAUGUCUGCCAUUGCCCAUGAACUUCGAAUCUGUGUUGAUGAAGACUCUCCAGAGUGCCAGACUGCCAAGCAAAAUGCAGAUGCUAUCACUGCAGAAAUUCAAGACAUUCUUAAAUACAAAGAAGCUCAGCUUCCCUUGCAAGGCCAAAUAUGGAAGGAGCUUACUCGCUUAGAGAAGGAAGAAUUCCGGCUUCGGAAAGUUGGGUCUGAAAAAAUAGAAGAGUAUAAAAGUGAUCUUCAGGUACAGAAAACCAAACUUCGGGAAAAACAGAACUCUCAGAACAUGUCCAAGGCAAUCGCAUGUUUCAUCAGUGCAAUAUCGAGCCCAGGGAUUGAGAAGAAAGAGGAGGAGGAGAAGAAGAAGAAGAAGAUAGAGAGGUUCUAUUUCCUGAAAUGGAUGCGAAUGAACCUCGAUAACGUGUCUCGAGAGAAACUCUGUGACCUCAGGGAGCAGUACAAAGAAAAAUGCAAAAACCCUGAGAACAAAGAGGAGAUCAAGGAGAUUGACCAACAACUUUCCAACAGCUCAUUAGGGACUGAACACUUCUUCCGUGAAAUGGGGCAGAUCUAUGAAGCUUCCCUUUCCCUUCCUGAAACAGACCCAGCACGUCAACAACUACAGCAUCUCCCCAAGCUAUGUGCUGAGUUAAUGCUUGAUGGAUUUCCACUUGAGCUUGUAGAUGGAGAAGCAUCCAACAUACCUCUCAGAUGGGUGAGUGACGUUCUCUCUCAGCUCAAUGACUUGGUGUCUCCUAAGAACAAGAUCCUGGUAGUCACAGUUCUUGGAGUUCAGAGCACAGGAAAGUCCACUCUCCUCAACACCAUGUUUGGAGUGCAGUUUGCAGUCAGCAGUGGUCGAUGCACUCGAGGUGCCUUUAUGUUGCUGAUUAAAAUCAAUGAAGAUGUCAGAAAAGACUUCAACUGUGACUUCAUGGUGAUCAUUGACACUGAGGGCUUAAAGUCACCAGAGCUCGCACAACUGGACAAUAGCUAUGAGCACGACAAUGAGCUUGCAACACUUGUUGUGGGGCUGAGUGAUAUCACCAUCAUGAAUAUUGCAAUGGAGAAUUCAACAGAAAUGAAGGACAUCCUACAGAUAGUUGUACACGCUUUCCUCAGGAUGAAAGAGGUGGGCAAAAAGAAGCCCAAAUGUCAGUUUGUUCACCAGAAUGUGUCCGAUGUUUCAGCCCAUGACAAGAACAUGCGAGACAGGAAACUGCUCCUGCAGCAGUUAAACGAGAUGACCCAGGCAGCAGCCAAAAUGGAAAAGAAAGAAGAGUACUCGAGCUUCACUGAUGUGAUGGAGUACAGUCCAGACACUGGAAACUGGUACAUUCCUGGACUCUGGAAUGGAAACCCACCGAUGGCACCAGUCAAUGCAGGCUACAGCGAGGCUGUCUAUGAGCUCAAGAAGAACAUAAUCACCAUUUUGGGAAGUUGUGGAUCAUCAGCUAAUAAUAUCUUGGAGUUUACAGAGUGGAUGAAGAGCCUGUGGACGGCAGUAAAACAUGAAGACUUCAUCUUCAGCUUCAGAAACAGUCUCGUGGCUGAUGCAUACAUGAGGCUGUGCACACAAUUCAACAAAUGGGAAUGGGACUUCAAAAAAGAAAUGUACACAUGGGUUACACAAGCUGAAACAAGAAUCUCCAAUUUUGGUACACCUGCUGAUAAAUCUAACAAAUCUGACAUGAGAGAACUUCUCAUGCUAUUGAAAAAUGAUGCUUUGACAGAGCUGUCUAAAUGGGAAACAAAGCUUCUUGAAAAUCUGGACCAGUACUUCAAGCAAACAGAGGGUCAUGUCUAUCUUGUUGAGGGAUACAGAGAGGAGUUUAAAAACAGUGCAAAGAGCCUUCGACAAGAAAUGGAAAGCUCUGUGUUUAAUCAACUCACAGCAGCAGCUGACAUCAGACAGGGGAUGACAGAACUUGAUAAAAUCAAGGAGAACCACACAAAGGACUUAGAGGGCAGAGUAUGUGUAUUGAUUGAAGAAUGCCGAAAGGAAAAAGUCCAGAUGAAAGAGAAAGAGCUGGACAAAGAAUUUGAAAAGAUGUGGACUGAAACAGUGAAGGAACUAUCCUUUACAGAAAUGAAGGAGGAGGACAUUUUCACCAGUGUGUCUCACCACCUGAGAACAAAUCUAUCAACCAAGGGAGGUCAUGCAAGUGAUUUGUUAAGUCAAAAAAGCCUGAGAGAUUGUGGACUGGUGUCUUUUAAAUAUACAGUUGAAGGACUCUUCAAUAAAGGUGCAGACACAUUUAAACAGUGGUUAAACAUACCAGGUAAUGCAAAGGCUGUACAACAAACAGCUGACAGCAUCAUUGCAGUUUGCUCACAGAUGGUGAGUGAAAAAAUGCAAAGAAAGAGUAAUUACCAUGAUACCUACAUCGAUGAGAUUCUAAACAUGAUUGAUGAGAGGCUGCAAAACAAUCAGGAAGUUGGAACAGACAUCACUUUUGAAGUCUCUCUGAAACAGCACAUCUGUGCAGACGCAGCCAGAAGGUUUCAGAGACUGCAUGAAGAUUUCCUCCAAAAGAAUGAUCCCUACAGAUGUCUGAACGAAAACAAAGGAAAGUUUCUUGCUGAUUUUAAAGACUUGUUCCAUAAUGUAGACCAGUGCCAGAAGAAGGCAGAAGAAUUCACAGACCGAUGCUUGAAGCCUGCAGUCGAAGACUUUGUCAACCGUUCCCUGGGUCCUGAUAUCAUUGGUGAAAUGAAGACAAGUGAGCAGUUCAGCACAAGAAUGUCCUUCCAGUAUUCACUUUUACUGGAUCUGCUCUCAGAGGAUGACUUUAAAAAGUAUGAGAGCUUUAUUUCCUCUUAUGAGAAAUAUGUGAAGGAAUGGAUACUCAACAAAAUAUUGGAACGCUUCUCAGAUGGGUCUACGAUGUUUGAGGAUCAACAUCUCCAGUCAUGUGUCAACAGCAUAAAUAAUGCUAUCCAGAAAGCUAAAACAGAAAAGAGUGGCAACUUAAAGUCAUUUGUUGAAGUUGUCUGUCAGGAACUUGGUGACAAACUGGUCAUUUCCCAGGAUGCUCUUGGGGCAUUCAUGACCCUGAACAAGGCCGACAAGGAACAGUUUGCUCACUGGCUCACUGAGUGUGUGACGGAGAUGGCACACACUCUUAGAAAGAAGUUUAAAAAAACAAACAUCCAAACUAAACUACAGAGCCUUCAUGUGAAUCCUCAGGACAAGCUUUUCAACACACUGAUUGGAUGUGGUAAACAGUGUCCGUUCUGCAAAGCACCCUGUGAGGCAGGAGGAAGAGCCCACACUGAGCACUUCGCUUCACUUCAUCGUCCAGAGGGUCUGGGUCGAUGCAGAUGGAGUGAUACAGAAAAACUUGGCAUUGACAUAUGCUCUUCCUCUGUGAACAGUGACGAAGGUUUUAGCUGCAGUGAUACAAAAGAUCAACCGCACCCUUACAAGCGUUACAAAGAAAUCUAUCCAGACUGGAAAAUCCCACCAGAUGCAAGCCUCCAGGCAUCAGACUACUGGAAAUAUGUACUGGCAAAGUUCAACAAUGAGUUUGCAGCAGCAUACAAUGCAAAGCCUGCUGAUAUUCCUGCAGCUUGGAAACUUAUCACACCUAAGCAAGCAGAGGCAAGCCUCAAAGAGUCAUUUCAUAUCUAAUGAGAAACUACAAGCUUCGUGCUCACAGAGGGUCCCGUCCUCCUCAUUACAGUCAUCAUCCUCUCAUGGACAUUUAGAUUACACUUGAUUUAUAUGAAGAGAAGCACACAAAGUAACAUGCUGUUUAUGAGAUGGCAAGGUUGACCAUAUAUUUCAACAACAACUUACAAGGAAUUUGUAAACGUUUCAGUUUGAUUAACAUACUUUAAUUACUUCUUUUUUUGGUUGUUAUUGUAGUAUCAAUUAAUCAAAUUAUUUCCUUAAAGUAACUGAUGCAAACAUU